UUGUGCAAUUUCAGAUAAAAUAUGAAGUUAAAACAGAAACAGUUACUCGCAUCUUUCUUACUAUGUGUAACUGCAAUUAUUUUACAUAAAACAAAGAAAAAAAAACAUAAGAGGUGGGUUAACAGGCGAUGGCACGUUAGACCUAUUAAUAAAAAUCGAGAACAUCAAGGAGAGUAUAAUAAUUUAUUUCAUGAACUGAAGAAGUCGAAAGAUAAACGUAUGUUUUUCGAGUACAGUAGAAUGACAUUUUCUCACUUUGACCAGUUGGUACAGUUAACAAAGCCUCACCUCACCAAGAAGAGCCAGAGAGCUCUAGCGCCUCAAGAAAGACUAGUUAUUGCUCUAAGAUAUCUUGUGACUGGGAACUGUAUAAGUUCCAUCGCAUUCUCCUUCCGUGUAGGUCAGUCUACUGUAAGAAAUAUAAUAAAAGAAGUCUGUUAUGUGCUUUCUAACGUUUUGAGCCCUUUGUAUUUGACAGUCCCAACACAAGAAGAGUGGAAAUUAAUGGUUGAUGGAUUUUGGGACAGAUGGCAAAUGCCAAACUGUUUUGGAGCAAUAGACGGGAAGCAUAUUAGAAUAAAGUGCCUACCAAAUUCUGGCAGUUGCUAUUUUAAUUAUAAAAAAUAUUUUAGUAUAGUGUUAUUGGCUAUUUGUGAUCAUCUAUAUAGAUUUCAAUUAGUAGACAUUGGAGCCUACGGAGGAAAUAGCGAUGGUGGAAUAUUUGACGCUUCAAUUAUUGGUCAAAGCAUAAAAAAUGACCAGUUAAAUUUGCCAAAAGAUAAUGCCAAACUUCCUGGUACUGAUAUUAGCUUACCAGGAUUUUUCAUAGGAGAUGCUGCUUUUCCAUUAACAAGAAGAAUGAUGAAACCAUACUCUACUUCUAAUUUGACCAUUGCACAAAGAAUUUUUAACUACAGACACUCUAGAGCUAGACGCACAAUUGAAACUGCCUUCGGCAUUCUAGCAAAUCGGUGGCAAAUAUUCCAUAAAUCUAUUUGUAUGCUGCCAAAAACAGCAGACAAAGUAACGUUGGCAUCAGUAUGUCUACACAACUAUUUGAUGUAUGAAGAGCAAAAGGAUGGUGCUAAAGCAUAUAGUCAAGAAAUUAAUGGAACCGAUACAUGUUGGUCCCCUGUAAUGGUUGAAGGUGAGCAAGCAAAUACACCAGCAGUCACUCAACGAGAUAUUUUAUGUGAUUAUUUCGUUUCUCCGGUUGGAGAAGUAAACUUCCAAUAUGACUAUAUAACUAGAGGUACUUACGGUGAAUAAAAUUCAUCAGGAUCAAUAUCAAAGGUUUAGAUUGAUAUUUUAAUCCAAAAUUAAUCUCGGGUACAAUAAUUCCAGUAAUUCUUGUGACAGUGAUGUCUGAAACAAAGAAAUGUAGAACUGUGAUUAUAAUUAAAUAUAUAUAGAAUGCUAUGGAUAUUUGAAUAUAAAGAAAAAAGAAGGAUGAAUUUUUAAU